AGAUAACCUAAGUUGAAGUUCACAAGUCAAGCUUUGAUAAGUAUGACAUUUAGGCGGGAAUUAUUUGUUGUAGGUUUUUAAUGAAUAUUUUUGCUUGAUGUUAAUUGUAAUAUUAAAAAUAAGCAAUGGGAAUUUUAAAUUUAACCAAAUUGUUAGCUGAUGUAGCUCCUCAAGCGUUAAAAGAAAAUGAACUCAAAACAUAUUUUGGAAGGAAAGUAGCAAUAGAUGCUUCUAUGUGUCUAUACCAAUUUCUAAUUGCAGUCCGAGCAGAAGGGGCUCAAUUAACAUCGUCCGACGGAGAAACAACAUCACAUCUUUUAGGUACAUUUCAUCGAACUAUACGCUUAAUCGAAAACGGUUUAAAGCCGGUGUACGUGUUCGAUGGGAAACCUCCAGAGAUGAAAUCCGGAGAACUCAGUAAAAGACAAGAGAAGAGAGUUGAAGCUCAAAAAGCUCUCGAUAAGGCUACGGAAACUGGUGAUGCUGCCGACGUUGAUAAAUUCAAUAGAAGGUUAGUAAAAGUUACCAAACAACACGCUGUAGAAGUUAAAGAACUUUUAAAAAUUAUGGGAGUACCUUACAUAGAUGCUCCUUGCGAAGCCGAGGCUCAAUGCGCUGCAAUGGUUAAAGCUGGUCUUGUGUACGCCACUGCUACGGAAGAUAUGGAUGCAUUGACUUUUGGUUCAAAGGUUUUAUUGAGGCACUUGACUUUUAGUGAAGCAAGGAAAAUGCCAAUACAAGAAAUUCAUUUGGAUAAGGUUUUAGAAGGCUUGCAGUUGAAGCAAGAAGAAUUCAUCGACUUGUGUAUAUUAUUGGGUUGUGAUUACACGGAUAGUAUCAGAGGUAUAGGACCGAAGAGAGCGAUUGAAUUGAUUCAAAAGCACAAAAGCAUCGAAAAUAUUAUAAAAAACAUCGACAAGGAAAAAUAUGUUGUACCAGAAAACUGGAAUUACGAAGGUGCCAGAGAUUUAUUUAGGAACCCCGAAGUAUCUGAAGUACCAGAAACCGAGUUGAAAUGGAGUGAACCGAACGAAGAAAAACUAAUAAAAUUCCUUUGCGGCGAUAAGAAUUUCAGCGAAGAUAGGGUGAGAAACGGGUGUAAAAAAUUAAUGAAAGCCAGAGGGAAUUCGACGCAAUCGAGAUUGGACGGGUUCUUUACUGUCCUUUCCACCACACCGGCGAAGAGGAAAGUUGAAGAUAAGAAAAAUACACCAAAUAAAAGAGGUAAAGCUGGUACGGGAAAAGGAAGAGGCAGAGGAAAAUAAAUUUAGAUAUGUUAUAUAAGUGAGUUUUUGUAUAAUUUGCUCGUUAUAUUAGUUUUUUAUUUGGUAUUGAACAUUUUUUACAUUUAUAAAAAACUAUUUUCAUUAUCCUAAUUAAUUUUUUUUAAAUAAAAAUUUUAUUUUUUCAAAAUUGUUAUCAAGAUUAAUAUAACUGCAAGUGUUUCUUUAUUUACUUGAUUUAUCCUAUUGAAUAAUGUUUUAUUUAUUAUUUUUUUGUAAAUUUGAAAUAAUACAAAUAAGUAAAUACACUGGAAAAAAUUA